AUGAGUUCUUGUAUGCCUCAUGCGUUUGGAAAGACCUUGCCCCUUGAACUCUGUGACUCCCUGCCUCAUGGGCCCCCCCUUCCCCCCCCGCCUGCAGCUGGGAAGAAGCUUGAACAUUGCCGAAUGUCCUCAUUGUACUCACAAAGGGCUAGCCUCGAAUGUCACUUCCCCGACCUUCAAUCUCCCCACCUAGAGAGGGAUACAAUCACAGGUCUCUUGGCCUCAAUCAGAACUGCUGCCCACGCCGGCACCGCCACCGCCACCGCCACCGGGGAGACUCGCAUGCCGCCGCCACCACCUCACCGGGAGGGAGCCGCGCCCGCCGCCGCCCCCCAAGCCCCGACAGCUGCCUCGCCUUGCCGCCGCCUCCCUGCAGGGCUCCUGUUUGGACGAAACACCCAAAACUGCGAAACCGUGUUUGCCUCCCCUGUUUACCCGACAGUCCGGGGGACCCCGAAGAGCCCCGCCCCCCCCCCCACCCCCCCACCCCCCCACCGCCCCAUGCCCUCCCUCUGCAGGCCUCGGUGCGCCCCGCAGGCUGCGGUGGGCGCGGGCACGCAGCUUUGUUCAAGUUCGAGUCCACUGUGUGUGCUUCCGCGCGGGCCGCAGGCAGCCCAGGACGGCCUCUCUGUGGCUCCUCACUGGCUUGUCCUACCCUGCGCAGGUAAUGCAACCAAUUUUGGUCUCAUCAGUCUGGUUUUUUUCCCCUGCCGCCCUUUAUUUAUCGAGCAUAAUACUACACGUGAAAGAACAGCAAAUAAGAACUUUGUAGAAUCCCACCAGGACUUUGCUAACAAUGAUAUUUGGAAAAUAGAAAAAAAAAAUGCUCUGAAAACUAGCAGCCACCAAAAUAGUUUUGUUGGCACUGUGUUCACACGCAUGUGAAGCUGCCGA